GAUGUAGACAUGAAGUUCAUAUCGAAUACCGGAAAACUCUAAGGCAGGAAAGUAUCCUUGAUGAUUUUAUUAACGCAGAAAUCGUGAACGGAAACGGUACAAUUGUUCGGAAUAGUUCAGCUGAUGUUGAAAAACAACCUUUCUUGGAAAUAAAUCACAAAUCUGCAGAACAAGUGAAAAAUGUAUUUAUUUACAUUGGGGACGAUGAGGACAAGAUAGCGGAGUCUUAUGAACCUCUUAUUUAUGAGAAUAGAUACGAUAAGUGUCAGUUUGUGAAGAGUAUGAACGAAUUUAAGGCAGACAUAUACACCAAAGUCUACUUCUUCCAGCACGUCUUUGCGGACGUUAAAUCAGCGCCUCAGAUAGAGGCCCUCCGUGAAGACUUUGAUAAAAUAUUCACAGCAGCAUCACAGCAACCUUCGUCGAAGUUUGUUUUGGAGAUGCCGCUAUCUGUAUGGACUGAGCACAAGACACAUCUACAGAAAACACCGUUAUUUCAUGAGAGAUAUAUUAUCAUAGUCUAAAUUAUUGCCACAACAAAGAGAGAGGAUUUUUAUAGCAGUAUUAAAUACAAUACAAGUUGUAAAAAUUUUCAUCUGUUUUAAGGAAAUAGUUUUGUCUCCUUUGAAAAUUACUUGCAGUUUCUUGGUUGAUUAAAAUGUAUUUAUAUCUGCAA